UAAUUCCAACGACGCCGUAUUAACCAAAUCAAGAAAUCACAAUGGGUUCGACCGACCGAGUGAAUUCCGAACCCGAUUUUCCAGAUCCCUCUCUCUCUCUUAAUCCUAAUCAUUUCUCUCAAUCCAAUUUCCCCCAAUAUCUCUCUCGCGCAAGAACACACUAGAUCCACGUACCGUAGAUAGGCGCUCGUAAGUGUAUUCUGUGUGUAUAAAUCCGCUUUUUCUGUAUCCCAAACAAGAAAAACAUUAAUAAUAAUUCCGCAUUUUCACAGUCCCACUCAAUUAUGAGCUUUAAUCAACAGCAACUGGCUUGAGUCAUAAUCCAAGAUCUCCUUCACUACUCUCUCCGUCUAUGACAGGGCAUGGCCAUUAAGAGGGGAUUAUCACCUGCCGCCGGCCCUCGGAGGAGUAAAGCCAUUGGAUCUCGCGUCCACAUUGCUCUCCUGCUCUUCUUCUUCUCGUUCAUCGCUUUCUCCUUUUUAUUCGUCGCCCGCGGUCUCUUUACCGCUGCUUUCUUGGGUCAAAAUGAAUUGUCAUUUGCUUCUAGCAGACAGGAUCUGAAUUGGAGAGAGAGGUUGGCCUUACAACAUCUUAAACCUAUAUUGUCUAAGGAGGUAAUUGAUGUCAUUAAUGCCAGUACAGAUGAUUUGGGGCCUUUAAGCAUUGAUUUUUUCCGGAAAAAUAAUUUGUCUGCAUCUUGGAAAUCUGUUGGGCAUGAAACUGCUGCUGAUAACAACGCUUCUGCUGAGCCUGCUGAAGUAGCCUCUAAGACAAAGCAAGAAACAUCUGGAAUCAAGGAGGAAUAUACUUCAAAUGAGGAUCGUUCUGUAUUUCUUGAGCCACCAGCUAAAGUGGCUAGAAGGCGGUUGAGAGAAAAAAGACGCGAAAAACGUGCUGCUGAUUUGGUAAAGCAAGAUGAUGAAGUGACUGUAAAGCUUGAGAAUGCAGCGAUUGAACACUCUAAAUCAGUUGACUCUGCAGUUUUGGGGAAGUAUAGUAUUUGGAGGAAAGAAAAUGAGAAUGAAAAUUCUGAUUCAACCGUACGCUUGAUACGAGAUCAAAUGAUAAUGGCAAGGGUGUAUGUGAGUCUUGCAAAGAUGAAAAACAAGCUUGAUUUGGUCAAUGAGUUACAGAACCGACUGAAAGAAAGCCAGCGUUCAUUAGGAGAGGCAACUACCGACACUGAUUUACAUCACAGUGCACCUGAAAAGAUUAAAUUGAUGGGUCAAGUUCUGUCUAAAGCUAAAGAGCAACUGUAUGACUGCAACCUGGUCACGGGGAAGCUAAGAGCCAUGCUGCAAUCCGCAGAUGAGCAAGUCAGGAGUCUGAAAAAGCAGAGCACAUUUCUUAGCCAGCUGGCUGCAAAGACAAUUCCCAAUGGGCUUCACUGUUUGGCCAUGCGCUUAACAAUAGACUACUACCUCCUUCCACUAGAGAAAAGAAAGUUCCCUCGGAGUGAGAAUCUGGAAAAUCCAAAUCUUUACCACUAUGCUCUCUUUUCUGAUAAUGUUCUUGCUGCCUCAGUAGUUGUCAACUCAACCAUUAUGAAUGCCAAGGACCCUGAGAAACAUGUUUUCCAUCUUGUUACUGAUAAGUUGAACUUUGGCGCAAUGAAUAUGUGGUUUCUCCUGAACCCUCCUGGGAAAGCUACAAUCCAUGUUGAAAAUGUUGAUGAAUUCAAGUGGCUCAACUCAUCCUAUUGUCCUGUUCUACGUCAGUUGGAGUCUGCUGCUAUGAAAGAAUACUAUUUCAAGGCUGCUCAUCCUACGACACUUUCUGCUGGUUCUUCUAACCUGAAAUACAGGAACCCAAAGUAUCUUUCAAUGCUUAACCAUCUAAGAUUUUAUCUCCCACAGGUUUACCCAAAGUUGGAUAAAAUUCUUUUCCUUGACGACGACAUUGUCGUUCAGAAAGACUUGACUGGGUUGUGGUCCGUAGAUCUCCACGAUAAAGUAAAUGGUGCAGUUGAAACCUGCGGCGAGAGCUUCCAUCGGUUUGAUAAAUACCUAAACUUUUCCAAUCCACAUAUUGCCAAAAACUUUGAUCCAAACGCUUGUGGUUGGGCAUAUGGUAUGAACAUUUUCGAUCUCAAAGAGUGGAAGAAGAAGGAUAUUACUGGGAUAUACCACAAAUGGCAGAACAUGAAUGAAGACAGGGUCCUGUGGAAGCUCGGGACAUUACCUCCAGGUCUCAUUACCUUUUAUGGGCUUACGCAUCCACUUGAAAAGUCAUGGCAUGUGCUGGGUUUGGGUUACAAUCCAAGCAUUGAUCGGUCAGAAAUUGAGAAUGCAGCUGUUAUACAUUACAAUGGGAACAUGAAGCCCUGGCUGGAGUUGGCAAUGACAAAGUACAAGCCAUAUUGGACAAAGUACAUAAAAUACGACCACCCAUACAUACGCAAUUGCAAACUAAGUGAAUGAUAGAAGUGCCACAACAGAAGGGACAGCCUCAUGGCUAACUUCUGGUUUUCCCUGAUCACACCAUUGGAGCAGCUGAAUGUCAGAACGUUUAUUCCUUUCGGCCAUUGCUCAAUCAUGUAUUUGUCUAUGUGAUUCAAUUUGAUUCAUCAAACACUUGGCAAUUGUAGGUUCCCAUGCCUGAUUCGCCUGCCGGUAUCUACUCCUUCAUAUUACCUAUGGAGAUGUGUUUGUUGUUAGUUGAAGAAUGCUAAAGUUGACUAAUUGUAUUCUUUGAACAGCAUACCUAAUUUGUACUAGAUUUAAGGUGUAACUGGACUUGACAUUGUGAACCAGAUGUAGCGUUGCCUCUCUUUCAGCAAAGAAGGAGAACCUAUGUUGUUUGUUCUACUUGCACUGCUAAUUGGACUUGAUAUCUAAAUUUUGUAUCUGGACUAAAA